CUUAAUUUUUCUGUAGUGAUUACGUUUUCAUUGUUGAACUCGCGUGCUUUUUUAACUAAUUUGUGUAAAUCAAUCUGAGCAUCAUUACAAUCAGCCAGAAACAAAGAGUUACGCAAACAGUUUGAAAUGGAGGAAACUGCCAAUUUGAAAAAACAGUUUCACGAAGAACUUGAUACAUUGAAAAUUCGGUGGCCAGGUGGCGACGAAAUUUCUUUCGGAGACGACCAAAACCUGCGAGAAAUGUUGAGGUGCCAAUACCCUGAUUGGAAAACGAAAGGUAAAGUUACUUCAGUCCCAACAGCACGAGUUCCAGCAAUGUUUUUGAGCCCGGAAAUGGUAAGUGAAAAACUGAAAAACCAUUAUGAGCGAAUACAGAAAGGAGAUGAAGGCGAGUUGAAAGUCUACAAAAAAAUACUUGAUGGUUUCGGACCUGACCAUGAUGGCAUAAUAAUUCUUCCAAACUUAGACAAUAAUCAGUUGUUCAAAUCGAAAAUUGGUUGUGUAGAAAUUGACAUGAUAAUUCUACACCCUACCAAAGGCGUUUUCGUUGUCAGUGUGAAAAACAAAGAUUUGGGUGGACAGGAUGAAAUAAAAGAAAAAGAAAAACUGCAGACCGAUCUGAUCAAACAUACUGACUUUGUUUGGCAUCUGUCAAGUUACCGGGAUAUUGAUCAGCCGUGUAGUUCAAGCAGUGCAAUGCCUUUCAUUCCAAUCCAUGCUGUUUUCUUCCAUCUUCGGGCAGAUUCCGUGAAUAUCCAAGAUCUUGAAACAAACCAGGCAUGGUACUCGUACAAAAAACUUGGAAACGUUAUUGUGUUCCAGCAGCCACAGUUUGACAUCUUCCAGAAGAAUUGGUGUCAAAAGAUGUCAAAAAUUCCAGAUGUUCAGCUAGGAGAACCCUUUGAAACUCUCGUUUCGCGCUUAGUCGCAAUUAGUUCGAUGGAAGGAGCAGUUGCUCUGAUACAUAACAAAAUAGUUUCCAAUGAUUUGCAAUCGAUGCAAAUUAAGAAGAAAGAUGCAGACGAGUGGACUGAGAAGCAGCUAGAUGACGUCAGAGAUAAGCUACCUAAAACUACGAAGGAGCAUCUGAAAAAGUGCAUGCAAUCCAGCUACGUUCCCACGAAAAGAGGAAAAACAAAAGUAAUUCUUUGGACCAAAGAACAGUUAGAAAUAAUAGUAGAAGUAUUUGAUGCCUUAGCAAACAAAAAAAAGAAACCGAUGCGUCUGCUAGUAGAAGGCCCAAAAGGUUCAGGGAAAACGAUGUUGUUGGUUUACUUGGCAAAACUAGCAAAAACUGUUUUGGGUGAUAAAGAAGAUGACAGAGUUUCUGGCAAAGACUGCAAGGAUUUCGCUCAUUUACAUUUUGAAUAUGAGGGAAGACUGUCGGAUAAUUCUGCCGAAUUGUACGAUAUGAGCGAGUGGAAGCUUUCAAAGCAGUACUACCAGUUUAGCGAGUCCCUAGAUCAGUUAAAGGUGCUUCGAUUAGACCUGUCCAAAGUGUGCACUAACCAGUCAAAAAUUGAAAAAGCCUGCAAGGCAGUAUGUGAUAUCAUAACACCAUAUUGGGUUAACGGAUCAAAGACAGGCGAGUUGCUGCCAGUUUUUGUUGAUUAUGAGACGGAAGGCCUUCCGCGUUUUGACCUUCUCUACUGUCAGCCAGAUCACGUGAAACUAUUGCUGGAAAAUAUGGUUGACACGUAUAAACACUUUUCAGUCGGGGGAGCCGUAGAACAACAAAAUGUUUUCAGGGAGGAGUUUUUUAGAAAAAGAUUUGAAACCGCAAAAAACAGCGACACCUUAAGCAGCUGUGUAAAAGAGGCUGCGUUGUCUUUAUACGUGAUAUUGAAGUUUCCAACCACCAACGGAGACUGCUACAAACAUUUUAUUGCGACCGUCAGCGAAGUCAUCAAACGGGCGAACGAGCGAAAGCAAGUUUUCGAGAGCUUCAGCGAAGAUAAAGUACUUUCUGAUCUCGUUUUGUAUGACAUCGGAUACAAACUUCUGGAGUUAAAAGAGGCAACGAAACAAAAAUAA